ACUACAAAAUUUAGUCGCACUCUAGACUUCGCAAAGAGCGGACGAGUCCAAAGUUACUAGCGUACAACGCCAUCGCUGUGGAUAUUUCGUCAUAACAACAUUGUGAUAGUGACAAAAUCAUUCAGGACGUGUUAAGUGGGUGCAUAACAUUUAUUGUUCCAUUUUAACGCACUUUAGACAUUACAGAAGACGUUAUUGUUGUGAUUUUCUGUUUCUAAGUGAUAUUAUAACACUGUUUGGAUAAUUCCGGAUAAGUGCUAAAAUUGCCGCAAAUAUUUUUAACCACACUGAAGAUCCUUGCGGACAGGGCGUCGUCCGCAGAAACAUGGUCGCCGAAUUCAUUCUUAGUCAGCAACAACUGCUGAAUGCUGGUGGGGGGCCGCCACUAGUGCCACCACCAUCCCCAUCCCGCAUCGCACAACCACCACGCGCUUGCCUCUCUGUCUCCCCCCAUUUCCCAAUGGAGCAAGGGCCGCCAUCGAGCAACGGAGAUGAUUAUGGAAAUUCCUUCGAUUUCUCAAAGAGGAAGGAUUUCUUCGGACAGCGUAAGCAGAGAGAGUUCAUUCCCGACAGCAAGAAGGACGACGGUUACUGGGAUCGCAGACGGCGCAACAACGAGGCGGCCAAACGGUCCAGGGAGAAGCGUCGCUUCAACGACAUGGUCCUUGAACAACGUGUUGUUGAACUCUCCAAGGAGAAUCACGUUUUGAAAGCUCAGUUAGAUGCGAUCAAAGAGAAGUACGGCAUCUGUGGAGAGACGCUCAUUAGCAUCGAUCAAGUACUGGCGACUUUACCAACUUGCGAUCAAGUUCUUUGUGUAACAAAGAGAAGUAAACUGUCUACGAACACUCUAUUUUCACCUGCACAAGCUCCGCCAGCCCCAGUACAACCAGCGUCGCCCCCGUCCCCGCAACCUCAACACGCUCCCGAACAAUACCAAGAAAGGCUCCCAGCGCCCGAGGCUUACUACUCACAUCCAUCUCACUUCGAACCCCCCGGUUCAGUCUUAAAUCUCUCAAGACCCCGCCGCGCCCCUUCGCCCUACGAGCUCUCCUCUCUCUCAGGCUCCGGAGACGAGACAACGGAGCAGUACGCCCCGGAAAACAACUGCCUCCCUCUCAAACUCCGCCACAAGUCACACCUCGGUGACAAAGACGUCGCCAGCGCCCUCCUAUCACUCCAACACAUCAAACAAGAACCGGGUCCGCGCUCCUCACCGUCCUGGGACGGAGAGGGUUCCAGCGACGAGAGGGAUUCCGGGAUCUCACUAGGAGUGGAGUACAGGCCUCCGAGGUCUGACGAAAGACUCGCAGAAGAAGAAGACGCUCACCUCAAAGCCGAGCUGGCGCGGCUCGCCACGGAGGUGGCCACGUUGAAGAAUAUGAUGCAUCAGAAUAAGUCACGCUCGCUCGAGCACUGAGCCGGCGGGCUCGGCCCUGGACACCGCCUCGCUUGCGCUUGGACCGCGCAGGUCGCCCGCCGCCCUCAGCGCGGCGACGGCUAACGUUUCGCGAUCCCGUGUCGAUCUUAUUCGUACAAACUGUCUCAACGCCCUUCCCUAGUAGUCGAAGUUACCACGUUGUAAAGAGAUGAAAUAUAUAUAUGUAUAAUAAAGUGCAGCUGUACGCGGCUAAGUCGCAAAGCCUAUUUGUAAUCCUUCCUAUAGUCGUAUGGUGUAUUUCCGUAGGGUAGAGAUAGUCGCUUCGACGACGCGAACUUGGACUUUGAAUAUGAGACUAACCUGUUCGGUUUGCCGACUUUUCGAGCAGAUAAAACUCGUCUACUCAGUGAUAGAUUUAAAAUAAAAGAUGCAUUUUUAGUGUUGAGCUGUAUGUAAUGUACCUUAUGUUAUAAUGAAUAUGUGCAGUAGAUCUGUUUCAUCUAUUCGAAGAUUCCGUUGUAAAAAUCGAUGGCUAAAGACUAUUUCUGUGUUAAGUUAGUGUUAAGUCGAUCUAAGUAAACUUAAGUCCAACUCGGAACUUAUUCGUUCGUCUGUGUAUAGUGUCUUCAUUCGGAAUAUCCGUUGUUCCAAACCAAAAAUAUGAGAUAGAUCCUCUAGCUGUCAUGAUAUCGCAAAACUAUUUAUAAGAAGCUAUUUCUAAAUCAGAUACACCAGUGCCUUGGACAAUACAUACCUACCUUAAAAUAGAAUACAUUAAAAUAAUAUUUUUGUACUGUUAAAUAAAAUGCUAUUUCAUUUGUCGCCCGAACCACGAGUUCUCGCUCGUUGCGAUCCAAUCGCAUUCAUGAGUAUUACAUGUGAAUGAACGCAUGGCGUCUUAACCUUUCACUGUCGAGUUCGAUCCGUGGUUGGGGUAUUUUUUAAUCAAUCCUAUGGCUAGAUCGAAGUAUUGAUAUGUAUUGUAAGCACUCCUUACUGCCCUAAGGGCAUGUGAUAGGACUGAAAGGAGUUAUUCUAAGUAUUUAUUUAUUCGGACCGUGAAAGAGGAUUUUACAAUUUAUUAUCUUUGUAUAAGAAAUAUGAAUAAAUUGUGUACAUUACAAUUAAAA